UCGGAGAGGACAUGGCCGGCUGCCCAAAAGGUUCUUGGAAGCCAAGACUCCGGAGUGUGGUCCUGGGAGCUGCUCAGCUUGUCUGGUUCAGUGCUUUGAUCUCUGAGCUCGUAAAUCAGAAGGAAGUGGCCGCGUGGACCUAUAACUACAGCACGAAAGCAUACUCAUGGAAUAACUCACGGGCAUUCUGCAAGAGGCACUUCACAGACUUAGUGGCCAUCCAGAACAAGAAUGAAAUCGCUCACCUCAAUGACGUCAUCCCAUACGUCAACUCUUACUACUGGAUUGGUAUCCGAAAGAUCAACAAUAAGUGGACCUGGGUGGGAACCAAUAAGACUCUCACGGCGGAGGCUGAGAACUGGGCUGACAACGAGCCCAACAACAAGAGGAACAACCAGGACUGUGUGGAGAUCUACAUCAAGAGUAAUUCGGCCCCUGGCAAGUGGAAUGAUGAACCCUGCUUUAAACGAAAGCGGGCCCUGUGCUACACAGCCUCCUGCCAGGACAUGUCCUGCAACAACCAGGGGGAGUGCAUCGAGACCAUUGGGAGCUACACCUGCUCCUGCUACCCGGGCUUCUAUGGGCCAGAGUGUGAAUAUGUCCAAGAGUGUGGAAAAUUCGACAUCCCACAACACGUUCUCAUGAACUGCAGCCACCCUCUGGGGGACUUCUCCUUCAGCUCUCAGUGUACCUUCAGCUGUGCUGAGGGCUAUGACCUGAACGGACCCAGUGAGAUGCAAUGUUUGGCCUCUGGAAUCUGGACAAACAAUCCCCCACGAUGUCAAGCUGUGCAGUGCCAGAGCCUGGAAGCCCCUCUCCAUGGAACCAUGGACUGUAUGCACCCAUUGGCUGCCUUUGCCUAUGACUCCAGCUGUAAAUUUGAGUGCCAGCCUGGAUAUCGGAUGAGGGGCUCUGACAUACUCCACUGCACUGACUCUGGUCAGUGGAGCGAACCAUUGCCAACCUGUGAAGCCAUUGCAUGUGAACCGCUGGAGAGCCCCCUCCAUGGGAGCAUGGACUGCUUCCCAUCCACAGGAGCAUUUGGGUACAACAGCAGCUGCACUUUUCGUUGCACAGAGGGAUUCGUGCUGAUGGGAAAUGAUGCCAUUCAUUGUGCUGACUUGGGGCAGUGGACGGCCCCAGCCCCAGUGUGUGAAGCGUUGCAAUGUCAGGAGUUUCCGGUCCCAAGUAAAGCCCAGGUGAGCUGCUUGGACCCCUUCGGGACCUUGAGGUACCAGUCAACCUGCAGCUUUUCCUGUGAUGAAGGCUCACUCUUGGUGGGAGCAAGUGUGAUAAGAUGCUUGGCUACUGGACACUGGAGUGAGGCCCCUCCUGAAUGUCAAGCUGUCUCCUGCACCCCUUUGCUCAGCCCUGAGAAUGGAACCAUGACGUGUAUCCAGCCUCUCGGGCAUUCCAGCUACAAAUCCACAUGCCAGUUCAUGUGUGACGAAGGAUUUUAUCUAUCUGGACCAGAAAGAUUGGACUGUUCUCCAUCUGGACACUGGACAGGCAGCCCUCCAACGUGUGAAGCCAUCAAGUGCCCAGAAAUCUUUGCCCCAGAACAAGGCAGCUUGGAUUGCUCUCAUGUUCACGGAGAAUUCAAUGUUGGCUCCACCUGUCACUUCUUCUGCAACGAGGAGUUUGAGCUCCUGGGAUCUCAAAAUGUGGAGUGCACAGUGUCUGGAAGAUGGUCAGCGCCGCCACCAACCUGCAAAGGUGUAACAUCACUUCCUGUCCCAUCGGUUCGAUGCCCCGCCCUCACUACUCCUGGACAGGGCACAAUGUCCUGUCGACACCACCUGGAAAGCUUUGGUCCGAACACCACUUGUUACUUUGGGUGCAAAACUGGAUUUACGCUCAGAGGAGCCAACUCUCUCCGCUGCGGGGCUUCAGGACAAUGGACAGCAGUGACGCCCGCGUGCAGAGCCGUCAAAUGCUUGGAAUUGCACAUGGACACAGCAGUCGCGAUGAACUGUUCCAACCCCUGGGGAAACUUUAGCUACGGAUCAACCUGUGCCUUCCACUGUCCAGAGGGGCAGUCACUGAAUGGCUCUGCCAGGACAACCUGCCAAGAGGACGGUCACUGGUCAGAUGCCAUGCCAACCUGCCAAGCAGGGACGCUGACGAUCCAGGAAGCUCUGACUUACUUGGGUGGCGCCUUGGCUUCUACAACAGGCCUGGCAGUGGGCGGGACGCUACUGGCUCUGCUAAGAAAGCGUCUCAGAAAGAAAGAUGAUGGAAAAUGCCCCCUGAACCCUCACAGCCACCUAGGAACAUACGGAGUUUUCACGAACACUGCAUAUGACCCAACCCCUUAAGAGGCCUGGUCUCCCGAUGUCUAAUUCGAUCUCUCAGGAUUCCGCAUGCAGAUAACAAGUUUCCUGGUCGACUUGACUGUCACUCCCCAGCAUUUGCUGCGGUUCUUUGUGGUAAAUAAUUGGACAGGAACCAAACGAAAGGACGAUGUGCUCCGCCCAUCCCUUCCUGCUCCGCCCCUCACCUUCCUCGGGCUCAGACACAGAAACAGGAGCAAAUGUUUCUGCUGUGGUCUGUGGCUUGAAGUUACUUUGCUCCCGAGUUAGUCCAAGGCACUGGAGCAUCUGCCUCACCAGGUGACCAGGCUGUGGAAAACCGGAAGUCUGUCUGCUUUCUCUUGGGAUUGAAGAAUGGCGAUGUUGGUGGGCAGGCAGACCUCUCGUUUAAGGGAACGCCUGCUUUAAGAUCUCCUGGGUCUUCCGUGUUUCUUAUCUCUGAGGUUGUUUACACCUCUGCUGCUGAGACUUUCAGAUGGUACUAGGGGACACAGAAGAUCGGGAACAGAGCAUGGACACCCCAUCUGACUGCAGACUUUCCCUCCGCCAAAGCACCCAAAGGCCAUUGUUUGACUGUAGAGUUCAACUCCCCCAGACAUCAAGCUCUUCACGUUUUGUUCAAUGAGGUCUGUGUAUCUCACUUUGUCUACCACCAAUGUGGUCACAGUUACAGUCCUCCAAAUGACAGCCGGACCCUCCAGUGAGCCCACAAAUAUAUGUUGUAUGUCCCCUGUCCACAGAGAGAAAAAUCAGAGGAGCAGGAAAGGUCCUCUUUGCGUUAUUUUGUUCUGCAGGAAAGAACAGUUAUGUUUUAUACGUAACUUAAUUCACAUAUUUAAUAAAUAAGUCACUGAAAAUU